AGAAAAAGAAUCUAUUUUUUCUAUUUAUAAAUUUGAAUAUUUAACAGUAUUUAAUAAUUUAAGGAACAAUUUCAUUUUUGUUUUAAGCCUUCGAGUAUUAAAAAAAUAUUUGGAGAGCAUAAAAUCGAAAUAAAUUAAAUAUUUUGUAAGAUGCAAUAUUUUUUAUUGAUCAACGCAGAGAUUUUGCAAGAUUCAUCAAUUUUUUUCUAAAAUGACGGUAUCUGAUUUAUUGUUUCCUAUUUCAGUUUAAAGUUGUAUAUUUGUUUCGUAUUAGGAGAAUCAUGAAAUUCAUAAAUCCUGUGUUUUUAUUGGUUACUUAUGAGGCAAUAAUUCUGUGUGACCUUGUGUGCUGUGCUACUGAUGCAGAAUAUGAUUUGCUGGAGUUUUUAUUUCAAGAUUACAGCAAACAAGCCAUACCAACUCGUAAAUCUCAACCAGUAAAUAUGACGUUUGGAUUAGCUUAUGUUCAAUUAGUUCGACUGGACGAUCGUGAACAAACUUUAAUCAGCAAUGUGUGGAUACGACAGAAAUGGUACAAUUAUCACUUGACAUGGAAACCACAGGAGUUUAACAAUAUUACUUUAAUUAAUGUUGAUCCAAAGAAGAUAUGGUUGCCCGAUAUUGUUCUCUAUAACAACGCAAAAAGUGGUUUGGGUGCAGGUACAAUGUAUCAAUUCAAGACUAAGGUAGCUCUUAGAUAUGAUGGCUUAAAUACAUGGUACUCGCCAAGCAUUAUACGAACAGGUUGCAAUAUUGACAUAACCAACUUCCCAUUCGACGAGCAACGUUGUGAUUUACAUUUCGGUAGUUGGUCUUUUGCGGGACAUGAAUUGAAUAUAUUCCGUGACCGGGAAGAAGCUGAUUUAGCUUUCUAUCUGGAAAGUGCAGAGUUUAAUCUGCUAUCUGCAACAGCAACAAGAAAAAUUAUAACAUACAGUUGCUGUCCAACGACACCAUAUCCAAAUAUUAUCUUCACCAUUCAUUUGCGACGACAGCCAGGAUUUUUCCUUUUCAAUGUUAUCAUCCCAAGCAUGGUUAUCACCUUCUUUGCCAUCUUGACAUUUACGUCACCACCCACUGUUGGAGAAAGAAUCAGUCUAGCAAUCGAGUCCUUUCUUUCUCUUAGCUUUCUUUGCUUAAUGGUUGCUGACAGUAUUCCAGUUAAUUCUGAUGUAUCACCUUUGAUAACAAAAUUCUUAAUUACCUGUAUGGUGAUGAUUUCGGCAGCAUUAGCCUUGAAUUUGGUUUCCCUUAAUCUAAAUUCUCACACACCUGUACCAAGGUGGCUAAAACGUCUAGCUUUUGUUUAUAUCGGGCCAUGGGUUGGAUUUUGUGGUGGUCUAAAAAUUGGGAAAUCUAACCUGAGGAGUAAAUGUAAUCGUGGAACAUCAGUGUACUCUGAUAAGAAUGCACCUUGUUCAGAAAAUGUGAUGAUAGCUCGAAUACAACGUGCAAACCGACAAAACCUGCAUGAGAUACAAGAACAGAAAGAGUUGCUUGAAGACAAAAGGACGGAGUAUAGUGGUAUUUUCAAUGAGCUUGGCAAAGUUAUUUCCAACAUGAAUGAUGUUAUAGACCGCUCCACUCACGAAGUGAAUCAAAAAUAUCACAAAGAUUUUUGGAGAUGCUUGGCCCACACAGUUGAUCGGAUGUGUUUAGUUAUGUUUGGAUUAAGUUUUAUUUUCGUUUCAGCUAUUAUGUUGUUAAAAGGAUACGGUCAUCAAUUAAAUGUUCAAGAUGGUGUCCGGUAAAAAUACCAUAAAUAAAUAUGGUGGCUAUUUAACUCAUUGAAAGUUCGGUGUAGCAUUCGCGUUUUGUUAAAUAUGGUCUUUUUUCAAAUCAUUUUCCAUGUUUUUAUCAAUUAAAAAAUUCCAUACGGUGUUUUUAUACGUGAUCGGAAAUAUCGAACAAAUAAUAAUAUGCUAACAAGAAAUAACAUUGUAAAUAAAAUUGUUGUUGUUGUUUUUUUGGUUUGUUGUUUGUUGUUGUUACUUGUUGUUUUUAGUUGUUGUUGUAUUUUUUUUAUUUACUAUUCCUUCGGUUUGGUGCUUUGAGAGGAAAUUUGUAAGUUUACUAACAGAAGAAACUACAUAGCGCUCCUCCUAACGUUAGUAACGUAUUAACCUCUUUAUUAACGUACAGAAAUAAACAGAUACUCCUCCUCUUGUA